AUGGCGCCAACCGAGACCACCACCAAAGCCAAGGAGGAGCCUCCCAAGCCCACCAAGCCCACCAAGCCCAGAACUCUUGCGGACAUGGCAGACAGCAUCGACCAAGAAACAUUUAAUCAGAUCCUCGAAAUGGACGAGGAAGGUGAACAUGAUUUCAGCCAGGGCAUUGUAUACGGCUUUUUCGAACAGGCCGAAACUACAUUUGAGAAGAUGGAGAAAGCUUUGGAUGAUAAGCAACUGAAAGAGCUUUCGUCUUUGGGGCACUUCCUCAAAGGCUCCUCAGCAACUAUCGGACUUACCAAGGUCAAGGAUGCGUGUGAGAAGAUCCAGCACUAUGGAGCAGGAAAGGACGAGACAGGCAACACUGACGAGCCUGACGAAAAGGUCUCCCUUGACAAAAUCAAGAAGACCAUCGAGACGGCGAAGAAGGAUUACAAGGAAGUAGAAGCUUUUCUGCGGGAAUACUUUGGUGAUGAGGCGGAGCUGGCAUCCUCUUCCUAG